UGGUCGUCGUGGUGGGUAGAUUCGCGAUUCGCGUCAAGAACGGCUCCGAAAGAUUCGUGCUCCGUUAUCGAGAACGGAACGUAUACACAUACGUUAUAAGAAACUCGAAGAGACUCGCGGGCUUUUCCAGACUAUUUUCCACAUUUAUGACUUGCGAUUAGUGAGUGCUACACCGACGAGGAGAGAAAGCACGAACCGGCAUGCGACGAUGCGACUAGUUGUUUCUCGAACGUUCGUCCGGUAUGAAGUACGACUCGAUUGAGACUACCAGGCGUAAUCGUUUUUAGGAAAGAUCGAGUGUUGUAGAGAAACAAGUACAAACUUCUGUCGAUCGAGGAUCUUCAAAACCUAUCAAAAUCUUGUGCACGUGGCAAAUGUGAUAAGCUCAAUUACGAUAUCUACUGGAUGGCUUUAGAAGGAAAAGCAAUGGCUUUGGGUGGAACAAGACUUAAAACUAGACUUCCGAUAAUACCAGGCACGAGACCUUCGUUACGAAAUUCACAGUUGCUUAUUUCAACAGGGAUACCUUCUUUAGACAGUACAAUAGGCGGAGGUUUACCUAUUGGCUCGAUAUUUUUAAUUGAGGAGGACAAGUAUGGCUUCUAUGCUAAAACUAUAUUGAAAUACUUUAUGGCAGAGGGAAUAGUCAUAUCUCAACCUGUACUGAUUGCGUCUCAAGAUGUUCAACCUUCCCACCUUGUAUCAGGAUUGCCCGCAGUUAUAGAUAAUUCAGAGGAACAUACGAAAACUACAAAUAAUGAAGAUGAACCAAUGAAAAUAGCUUGGCGAUAUCAAAAAAUGAAAGUAGUGGAUUCAUCUCCUACGGGAGGUCAAAUAUUCGGUCAUUAUUAUGAUCUCACAAAGCAGAUGCAAACGGAUUUCUUAGAACAUGCUGACAUAAAACAAUGGGAAUUUAAUGAGGAAAUGACACUAGAUAAAAAUAGUAGUCAUACAUUUAAGAACGCUGCAUAUACUGACUUAUUAUGUACUAUAGAAAAAACUUUACGUGAUGGACAAUAUUUUCUCUCUGAAACAUCUGAACAGAAAACAAAGAAAAUUUUAAGAAUCACAAUUCAUUCUCUGGGAUCAAGAUUAUGGCUUAGUGACACAGAGAAAUAUUCUGAUAGUGAUCUAUUAAAAUUCCUAUAUUGCUUCAGAGCACUUUUAAGGAAUUCCUAUGCAGUCGGCAUAGUAACAGUACCAGUUAAUAAUUUCAAUAGCAAUUUCGCUAUCGAAAGAAUUGAGCACGUAUCGGAUAUAGCAAUAAGAUUGGAAUCGUUUGCGGGAUCUGCAAAAGCGCUUAAUCCAUUGUAUAAGGAGUAUCAUGGUCUGUUGCAUAUUAAGAAAUUGUGUGCAUUAAAUGGUUUAUCACACGGCAAUUCACAACACAGAGAUUUAGCAUUUAAAUUACGCCGUAAAAAGUUUCUUAUAGAAGUUUUACAUUUGCCACCCGAGUUCGAAGAUACGUCUCAACGAGAGCAAGAUGACACAGUAACAUCCGGCAUUGGAUGCAUGAGUGGAUCUCAUAAAAGUACACUUGAUUUUUAG